AUGGAGGGACUCUUCACCUUGCUCGCGCUGAGCAUCGUGAUGGCAGUGACAUCCUUCGUUGUCGGUUCACUCCCCCUCGCGUUGACACUCUCUGCCUCUCAAUUACGAUUGAUCUCUUCAAUCGGAAUGGGAGUGUUGGUCGGUACAUCUUUAAUUGUCAUUAUCCCCGAGGGCAUUGAGACUUUAUACAGCGCCAAUGCUGUCGGUCGAAAGACGAUCAGCGCCCGCGCAAGCACUGUCGUGUGGCCUUGCGAAGGGCUCAUCCCGACAGCUUCAGUGAAGCGCGAUGUUUAUAGCUCUGGGUUGCCGCCUACCAUUCCAGUGCCAUUCCUUGAUAUCGACCCCGCAACUUCUUUGCCCCAUGGCCACCGGGACGCAUGGUGGGAGCCUUCGUAUGCGCUGCGCGCACGCAGAAACGAGAACCCGAGUGACAAAGAAAAGCAUGGGAAGGAGGAGGAAGAGGAGGAGGAACGGAGUUCUCCGCAUGCUUGGAUUGGUGUCGCCCUUAUUAGCGGAUUUAUUCUCAUGUACCUCAUCGACAAGGUCCCUGAGUAUGCCUCGCCGACCAAGCCCGACCGACAACCAUAUCACAUUUCCCUUGACAAUCUUGGCUCCGGCCUACGACGCAGUUCCUCCCCAGCGCGGCCGGAUAGCCUUCUGGAGGCAGGGCCGUCGCAUCAGCAACAUGGCCACAGUUUCGCCACCACCAUGGGCUUGGUGAUUCACGCUGCCGCGGACGGUAUCGCAUUGGGCGCGACCAGCACGGACACAGGGCUCAGCUUUAUCAUUUUCCUUGCCAUCAUGGUCCACAAGGCUCCCGCCUCCUUUGGCCUGACCUCCAUUCUCCUGAAGCAGGGGCUUUCCGCCCGUACGGCUAGAGCGCAUUUGCUGGUCUUCAGUCUUGCCGCUCCCAUCGGUGCACUAGCCACAUUUCUCUUCGCCCACCUCCUCGGGACUUCCAAUGGGGACGAGGCUGCAUCUUUAUGGCGAACAGGGAUGCUUCUUCUUUUCUCCGGGGGCACCUUUCUAUACGUGGCUGUGCACACGAUGCAGGAAAAUGGGCCCGCAUCCACCUCGCGCGAGAUGUCCGCAAACAGAUACUCAGACUCGCGUGACUCGCCCAAAGGCACGGAUAAAUCGAUGCGAGACUUGGUGGCAUCCGUGUUGGGUAUGAUUCUACCGCUUUUCCUGCAGAUUGGCCAUGCACACUAG